UAUUUAAUAUGUUAACCCCAAAUGCUGACAGAUCUUUAUUACACCUCCUAUUUCCCAGCUAAAGAGGAUCCAGGGCUGGUGCUACUUCUCGCUGAUUGCUUUAGUUUUGGUUUUGGCUAUUCUUGUUGGUUUCUUUAAAAGAAUCUGAUGCCAAUAGCAACAGUUAUGUUGCUUUUCUUUGGUCUUUUCCUGAGGAACCGAGCAAAGUCCCAAUAUCAAAUACAGAACAUGUUCCUCCUCCUGCUAGCAUUGAGCCUAGGAUUGCAGCUUCAUCAGGCAGCAGCUUUAUUCACCGUGACCGUUCCAAAGAAACUGUACACAGUAGACUAUGGCAGCAAUGUGACCCUCGAGUGCGAUUUUGACACUGAAGGUUGUAUGGAACCUGAAGCAAUAAAAGCCAGUUUUCAAAGGGUGGAGAAUGAUACAUCCACACCCACUGAGAGAGCCACUCUGCUGGAGGAGCAACUGCCCCUGGGGAGGGCCUUGUUCCACAUCCCCCAAGUGCAAAUGAGAGAUGCCGGGCAGUACCGCUGCCUGAUCAUCUGCGGGCUUGCCUGGGACUACAAGUACCUGACCGUGGAAGUCAAAGCUUCCUACAAGAAAAUAGAUACUGGCAUCCUCAAAGUCACCGGGACAGAUGAGGUAGAACUCACCUGCCAGGCCAGAGGUUAUCCCCUAGCAGAAGUGUCCUGGACAAAUGUCAGUGUUCCUGCCAACACCAGCCAUACCAUGACCCCUGAAGGCUUCUACCAGGUCACUAGUAUUCUGCGCAUAAAGCCACAGCCUGGCAGAAACUUCAGCUGCGUGUUCUGGAAUGCUGAUGUGAAAGAACUUAAUUCAGCCAUCAUUGACCCUCAAGGUCAGAUGGAACCCAACAUCCCUUCUACUUCACUGCUGUACAUUUCCAUCCCUUCCUGCAUCGUUACUUUAAUUUUCGUAGUCACAUUGAUAGUCAUGAGAAAACCACUCUGCCAGAAGCUGUAUUUUAGAAAAGGCACAACAAAAAGAUCUGUCAGCACAGUAAAGAGGGAAGUGAACGAAGAUGUGAAUCUGAACCUGUAGUCUUAGGAGCUAGAGUGAACUGAUACUACAUGCUCAAGAGUCUUCCAGAAUCUGUAAUAGCAAGCAAGUGCCGUUUGCAUUUUUCAAAUACCUUUGGAUCACCCAGCACUUUAAUCAAGAGCCUGCAGAAAGACUGGAUAGUACCUGGCCAUGGUUAGAGGAACUCAACAGCCCAGCCCUUCAUUGCUUGUGGCUCUCAUCCCUGCAGCCUGUGGCCCUGAACAAACACUAUUGCACUUUAGAAAGUUACUCCUUGGGAUCCUGGCUCCUAGUGAGUAUCCUGAGGUUCCUUCUUGCUGCCAGACUGAAAGUAAAGGGAAUUAUUUCCCCCUAACUUUCCAAAGCAAGUCAGAAGCAGAUAUGUGUGGAAAUUUCCAGUUACAGAAACAAACAGAUUGCCAAUGGUUAUUUUUAUCUAUCACUUCUUCUGGAGACUGAAAGCUUACAGUCAGGGCUUUGUACAAACUCAAGCCAUAAGUGACAUAUUUUAUGGCUUCCCAGAAUCUUGAUAGCAUUUGAAGUUGUUCUAAUGAUCAGAAAGCAUUUAAGUAUACAUUAAGUACACAAAUUGUGGAGAAAAGACAUUGAGUUUUUUUUUUUUUUUUUUCAUUAAGGUCUAUAUCACAAAAUAUUUUUUUUAGCCAAAAUGGUACCAUGUUAAAUGUUUUUUUUUAAACUACAUUUUCCUUAAGAAAAUUUUUCUUUAACCUUCAAAAUAAAUGGUAUAUAGUAAAAAUACUUAGCAAGCAGAGAUUUCAGAUGAGUAGUUACAGUGGUCAAAGUAAACUUUUCCUGGUCCUUUGUCUAAUUUUAAAUUUAAUCUUAGUCAAACUCAGUGCCUCAGUUUCCAUGCUGUUGAAACAGUGAUGCUCACUAGUCAGGACAUUUGAUGAUUAGCACUAUGGAAACCCUGUAGGUUCCCAUUAUGUUUAUUGAAGGGAAGAAUGACUGGUUUACACAAGUUAUUUGUCUUGUAUUUGGUCUUCAUGCUGGAGUCAUGAAGCUCAGGGCAUUAAUUGACCCAUGAACUCUCCAAAUGUGUACAUGAGCUAGUAUAACAGUAUCAGGUUAGCAGGUCUAAAAUAUGCUCUUUAACUGAUACUUAGACUCAGCAGAAUUUGGGAUUAACAAGAAUGAAGGAAUGUGAAAAUGAGUAACAAAUUAUGCAUCUUAGUUUCUCAAAUGUCUCUGUAUAAGUCAGAAAAUACCUCUGAAAAUAAAACUCAAUAUUUUUU